AUGGCGAUUGGUACAGAUCAACCGACCUUGACUGCUGAGACUCAACAAACGCAGAUCCAUCAUGAUUCCAAUAAUGCCCUGUAUGUGCAUCCUUCAGAGAACGCUGGGUCAUCAAUCACUCCAGUCGUUUUCGAUGGCACCGGAUAUCGAUCAUGGCGACGGGGAAUUCUCAGAGCACUUUCUGUGAAGAACAAGACAGGUUUCAUCAAUGGCAAAAUUGAGAAACCAGCUCCUACUUCGCCUACGUAUGAUCAAUGGGAACGCUGUGAUAAUAUGGUAACCUCUUGGAUUCUUAAUUCUCUGUCGAAGGAUCUAGCUGAUAGCCUACAAUAUGUAAACAAUGCAAAGGAAUUAUGGGAGGAAUUAGAAGAUCGAUAUGACCAGGCAAAUGGCGCGAAACUGUACCAAAUUCAACAGGAACUUAGCAAUCUUACUCAAGGUAACCUUGAUGUCACCGGAUAUUACACUAACAUCAAGAGGUUGUGGGAGGAAUUGGCUACUUUGGAUGUUACUACACAAUGCACUUGCUCAUGUACAUGUGGGGGUAAGAAUAAACUGCACAAGGCAGAACAAGAUCGACGCCUCAUUCAGUUCUUAAUGGGCUUAAAUGAAGUUUACACAGUUGUUCGAGGAAGUAUUUUGAUGAUGAAUCCUCUACCUACCAUGGCUCAGACUUUCUCCAUCCUAGUUCAGGAGGAAAAGCAAAGAGAAGUCAAGCCUCAUUCUCGAGUUCAUCUGGACUCCACUUCACUAAAUGUAUCUGCAAGCAGUAGUUCAGGUUCCAGGCACUCUAUUGCAGGCAACAACACUAGCACUUUCAGGACAAAUUAUACUCCAAAUAGAGGAGGGGGCAAGGGUGUGUAUAAACCAAAUCCUACCAGCAAUUCAUCAUCUGGUUACUAUGCAGGUUCAUCUAGUAAUUCAGGAAAUUCUUUCAGAACAUAUCCACCAAAUCACAACAAGUCAAAUCUGUUAUGUGACUAUUGUAAGAAGUCAGGUCACACUGAGGAAAAAUGUUAUAGGCUACAUGGAUUCCCUCAGGAUUUCAAGUUUACUAAGGGAAGAAACUCAGGAUCAGCAGCAAAUGUCCAUGGAAAUUCAAGAAGUUCAAUUUCUGAGAAGUAUGAAGAACAAGAGAACAAUUUGACUCACAGUCUUACACAGGACCAGUACAACCAGUUGCUCAAUUUGUUGGGAAACAUUCAUGUUCAUGGAGAAGCCACAAAUGAUGGACACAGGGAUUCUGUAGACAACCUUGCAAAUGGACAUGGAGCUGUGAACCUUGCAGGUAUCUUAGCUUGUCAUUCCUCUAUAACUGAAUUUGGUAAAUUGUCUUGUAAAUGUGUUGCAUCAUCUGCUGCCUCAUGGAUUAUAGACUCAGGAGCCACAAACCACAUGACAUAUAAUAAAGCCUUGCUUACUAGAAUCAGACCUCUAGCUUACCCAUUCUUGGUUACACUACCUAAUGGAUAUAAAGUGAAAGUGACAGAGAUUGGUGAUGCCUAUCUAAAUUCAGCAUUGACUCUAUAUCAAGGCCCUUCUCUGAAGAGCCCUCUGGAGAUUGGUAGUGCAAAAGAUGGCCUCUACUUCACUUGUUAA